AUGAAGUCGACCUCUGCCUUGGUCGGCCUUGCCGCCGCCACUGCUGCUACACUCAGCAGCAUUGUGACGGCUCGGAGUGAACUUCAAGUUUCCCACGAACCCAUCUCGCGCCUCUUUGCUGCCGACGGAACCCCCGCCCAUCCGCAGUUCCUCGCCUCACGAUGGGAGACGUCGGAACUGCCGCUCGACUACCGAAAGCGGGAUCUCUCAGGGGCUGGCUCCAAGCGCAGUUCCAGGGACAGGAAUGCUCAGCGCCAAAAGUUCCGUGAGACCAUCGACGAAUUCGGCCGCAAGGUGCACUCCUGGAUCGAAAACGGCAAGACUCACGAUCAAGGUCUCGGCAUUGUCAUCAACAAGGCCACAGACAACUCGGCGGACAACGAGUGGCUCGUCAAUGUCGGCUUCGGCACGCGCGCUCAGACGCUUAAGAUGGUCUUUGACUCGGGAAGCUCAGACACCUGGGUCUACUCUCCCGCCUGCUGCUACGCCAACAACCACACCUUCUUCAACCCUACCAGGUCGUCCACCUACUCCAACCGCACCCUCGUCGACGGUCAGCCUACUGUUGCACCGCGUGGUACUCCCGGUCAGCCUUGGGAAGCCUUCUACGGCUCGGGCUCCAACGCCGAGGGCUACGUCGGCAUCGACGACUUCACCUUUGGCCAGCAGAGGCUCAGGGUCGAGCAGCUUCCCGUAGCCUUGGUCACCGCCAUCAACGGUGGCUCGCGUGCCUCUCGUGGUAUGGAGGGUCUCGUCGGUCUCUCGUCCGGUGAUGGCUCUAGCACCGAAGGUGGUUGGACCACACCUUUCGAAGCUAUGUCUUCGCGCGGCCAGCUCAGGGAGACCUACCUCACCGCCACGCUCAAGAAGGCCAACCGCAACACGGGCAGGGGCGGUGGAGGUCGCUACGUCUUUGGCGAGAUCGACGACGACGAACUCGACGGUGACAUCACCUGGACCCGCGCCCUCUCUCCUUUCCUCUGGGCUGGCUUCUUCGAACAGAUAACCAUGGGUGACAAGCUGCUCGCCAUCGCUCCUGGUACUGAGGAGCGUCCUCGCCGAUUCAUGAUCGACACUGGCUCCGCCGUCUUCUACCUCCCCCCUCCCAUCACCGCCGACAUCAACAGUCAGAUUGCCGGAUCGUACGUCGCCGACGCGAGCAGUGGUCUCGCCUUCCCUUACCUCGUUCCUUGCGACACCGGUCUCAAGGGUUACGAGAGGAAGGCCAAGAACCCUACCUUCAACCUCCAGAUCACGGGCCAGAACUUCACCAUCCCCAAGGAAGACUACGUCUUUUACGCCAACGAGCCCAUUCCCCCUUCGCAGAUUGGUGGAAGGAGGAACAUGUGCUACUCGGCCUUCCAGGACGGUCCCGACCAGAUUUCCAUCAUCGGUCUGAGCUUCAUCAAGAACCACGUCAUCGUGCUCGACCAGGGUGGACCCACGCUCAACGUCACCGCUCGCCGCAUCGGCAUCGGUCGCCGUGACGAUGUGCGAUACGACUAG